AUGGGACGCACACUCACCUAUCCCAAGCGGACGUCUAAUACGGCCAACCGCUAUAAGCAUCGCGGUAUGCAGGGGCUUCAUAAAUCUCCUCCAUGUAUCCUUCAACCCCGACCCGAGGACCCAUUCCCCGCCAUCCUCCCGAUGAUCGGCCAAAUGGGCUCCUUUGAGUAUCCGUCAGCAAGCAUCGAUGAGCCCCUAGAAUGUUACCUACACGGCUACGUGAGCUCGCGUAUCAUGAAUCUAGCCCGCAAUUCCGAAGGGGACGGACUCCCCAUCUGCGUUGCAGCCAGCAAAAUAGACGGAUUGAUUCUAUCCCUGACACCCAACUCGCACAGCUACAACUACCGCUCUGCUAUACUGCACGGAUAUGCCAAGCUUGUCACCGACGAAGCAGAGAAACUUUGGGCCAUGGAGUUGAUCACCAACUCGGUUCUUACUGAUCGCUGGAAUAACACUCGCGUGCCGCCUGACAAGGCGGAGAUGUCUUCGACUGUAAUUUUGAAGGUGAAGGUUGUGGAUGGGAGCGGGAAGAUUCGUGAUGGUGGUGUUUCAGAUGAGCGCAAGGACACAGACAAGGAGGAGAUUACGAAUAGGAUUUGGACAGGUGUGGUUCCUAUUUGGGAGACCUUCGGUGAGCCUGUGCCCAGUGGUGAUGGCCAAAUGACAGAGGUUCCUGAGCAUAUAACUUCUUUUAUUGCUAAGAAGAAUGCUCAGAAUCGUGCUUUGGCGGAGGGUGCGGUUGAGGUUCAGCUUCCUCCUGAAGAGCAGCAUUGA